CACUAAAACUUCAAACUGUUAAACCGUUCGAACGUUACGUUUUUCUGAUAAGUUAUAAUUUUGAACAUAGGUAUUUCACAAGAUGCUGUUUAAUUAAAGCGAUAGCAUAGGUAAUUACUCGUAACUGUUAAAUCUCGUUUUUUGUUUAUUCGCUACACGUUUUAAGAAACUAGGUCAUUGAUGUUUUACCGCAUCGUCAUCAAUAGUUGUCUACUUCCGAGACGUGAAGUGGUUCAGUCGAAAUACUUUUUAUUUUUAUAAUAGUGCGAACAGUAACGGUUUCGUGAUCUUCGAUUCCAAUCAGUAAGAUUAUCAUAGGCCCGAUCGCGUUUCGAUUAAAGUUGUACAUAUUUUAUAGACACAUCGUUGUUGAUACGACUGCGUUGACCAUGGCAACCUGUGAUGUAUGCGUUCAUUUGUCUGACAUCAUGACACCACUGUCAUUUUCCAGCUUAAUCACAACGCUAAUAAAAUAUUUGGUCUAUGAAAAGCAACUGAUUCCUUAUCCUUACGACCGUCUGAAGUUAUACGUGCAAAAAUACAAAGAACUGAACUUUGAGCAGGAAAACAGUCGCUGUAAUCAAAAAAGUAAAUACAGACUGGAGUCUGAGAAAUAUUAUAAAAAAGUUUCAGAUGCGGUACAAAGUCUUGAAACUGUUUUCCAGUGCAUUGAAAAUGAAUUUCUUAGUCAUGUCGAAAAUCAUAUAGAAUCAGUUGUAAUAUUAAUUGGAUCAAGUGUACUUAAUCCUUUGACUGUAUUUAACAUAAAUGUACCAGAAUUAAGUUAUUCACAUUGUGAAAAACAACAUUCUUCUAGGCAGCACAUAGAUAAUGUAUUUAGGAACAUAUUGAAUAAUGACAAGUUUAAUGAUAUAUUAACAUCAAAUAUAAUGGUUGAAACAAACUUGUAUGUGAUGUUCAAAGUAAAGAAAGGUGGAAAAAUGGCUACUAAUUGGUGUGUGCCCAAGGAGCAGUUUCGUAGUUUCCGAGGGAAGCAAGUAGUCCUGAGAUUUGACCAACCACAAAAUGAGAUCAAUUCGAAGAAAUAUGAAACAUGUUGCAUCAAAGAUUGUUUGAAUUUUGAAGUAUUUGUUGAUUUUGACAAUCAGGAGACAAGUGUACAAACAUUGCAAACAUUAAAUAAUACAUUCACAAACAGUGUUGUUGAUUGGUAUUUAGGAAAACAUCAUAUAACUGGAUUUAAAAAUUAUAAAUACAAUGGAAUUCCUAUAUCAGAUACUUGGUUGAAUCCAACUAUCAUUGAUCGUUUGGUAUCAUAACCUAAUGGUUAAAGGAUAGGAAUUUUUUAGACAAUUUUAUUUUUACAUAAUUAUAUACUUAAAGUUGUCAUGUAUGAAUUUUGAUAUUAGUUUAAUUAUUUAGUUUUUUUUUUUUUGUAUGUAUUGUUUGUUUUUGUAAAUUCAAUUUAUAAACAACUCAUGUAUUAAAUUAUGUAAUUAUUGAAAACUUAUAAACAUAUUUUUUCUUACCAAUACAAAAAUUAUUGACAAAAAUAAAAAUAAUCCAAGAUAAGUAUCAUUGUUAACAAAUGUAUAUACCAAUUAACAAUAUUUUAAUUUUUCUUUUCAAUAUAUUGCAUUAUUUAUUUAUUGUUUUUUUUUUUACAAUAUUUUUAAUAAAAUACUUGCCGACUACUUUUUUGUUUAUAAAUUCAUAAUUCAAAUUAUUUGUUUUUAAAACACAAUUUGAAAUUGUAUACUUAAAUUGUAAGACUUGUGUAAUAUUUAAUUCAUCAAAAAUAAAAUUAUGUUCAUGUUACA